AUGGUGGAAAUGGGUUACGUCGGGGAAACUUUUCGGCAUGACAUCAACCCCUAUUUUGACGGUGCUGAAAAUGGAUAUCUCUGCAUGCCCGUUGUUGAGAUGUCUAUCCGGGGUCCGAAUUAUCCCACCGACGUACCCAAUGUGUUUUUCGGGAACGAGCAUACAAAUAAUAUGCCUCUUGCAAUGCCCCAAGAAGAAGAUUUUAGGGCUAUAGAUCGAAACUUUCCUGAGGUAGUUGAAGUACAGAAGGCAGUUAACCCAAUUUCAAGAGAAAGUAAUACUGUAUGGGUCCCUGAUAUAGUCGACUCUCCGAGCUGGAAAAAGGGCGGUAGGGCCCCGCCGAAACGCAUAGCUUCUUUGACCCCAGGAUCACCGGAUAGCUCUAAGCCUUUGGGACCUAUUAGUUAUGAAGAAAAAAAACUUCCGUGGCCGACUGACCUCGAAAGCGCAUACAUGCCUGUCGGACCCGAUAUAUCCCUCCUAGACGAUUAUUACCUGCCGAACGAACGGUUUCCUUUCCUCGGCCCAGACUAUAGCUACGAAGAAGAUUUAUUCUCUACAACUGAGCCCGAGCAAGCAGAAAAUCCAUACGCAUUCCAACUACCCCCUGGGCCCCAACUGAAUCGAACAACCCAGGUUUAUGUACCUUACAGACCUACUUUACCUCUAAGCCCCCAGGAAGAGUCUGAAAGACCAUACUCAUACAAUAUUGUAAACCCUUACCGGGGAAAUAGUUGGUACGCUGCGGAGAGGCAAGAUUUUGAACAAGGAAAAAUCACUCCCAUGUCACCAGGAUCAAGCCAAAAAUCUGGGGAUGAAACUAGCCGCCGGCCUGUUCUGAGGAAACCGGUUCCAAAGAGUUCAGGAAGUAGUUCUCGACCACAAACCAUGGAUAGUUCUAUUAGCUAUAACUACUUUGACCGAGACCCUAUUCCCCCUGUCCCUCCUAUCCCUCAGCAGAUCACUUAUGUCGAUGCGAUGAGUCCUGAAAGGAGAGUUCAACCUAUAUCUCUGCGCACAGCAAGCUUGUACUCUCCUCCAAUCACUCCACCCAUAUCUUCAUCUGCGGUUCCUCCGCCCAUACCUCCUAAACACAAUAUUAGCCCAGUGGAGAGGCAUGACACAUUAGGAUCUGAGCUCAGGAAUCAGGAACAACCCAUUAGGGCUCUUUCAUUGGACUCGAGGAGUUAUCAAAGACCGAAUAUGCCGGCACCGGUAGAAAGGCCUUCCUCAUUUACACCGGUUACAGGACUGGCCAAGCCACCAGUACCGAUCGCAAUUCCGAAACGAAAGAGGUGGUGGAAGAGGCUGUUUUCUCGCAGUCACAAAAGUAUUGUAAUUAGCUAA